AUGAGCGUUUAUAAUAAUACACGAAUUUAGAAUCAUGUUUGCUUUUAGAUAUAUAAGUUUUCCACGUUUUCAUUAUAAAAUCAUUGCGUAUACAACAGUCAGCAAUCAGUUAUCAACGAGAUCGGUCGACAUAGAUUUUGUCAAUAAUUUCCUACCUGCAACAAAUGAUUUUGAAACUGCAGAAAUUUUGCGCAAUGUCUUAGAAAAUACACCUGAUUUGCAAGAUCAUCCUCCUCGUUUAUGGAAGAACACUUUUCAGAUAUUUCAGGAUCAAGGUUUUGAAGUGAAAAAAAUAAUUUCUGCGAUUGUUGCACAUCCUAAAUUAUUAUAUUGUAAAGAAACACAAAUCAAUAAUGCAUUAACAUUAUGGAGAAAGUGUGAUUUUGGAGAAUCUCAACUCCAUACAAUGAUAGAAAAUGCUCCACAAUUAAUAGAAGCUUCUGAAUACAAUAUACUUAAUGGUAUCCCAAGACUAGAAUCAAUAAUAGGAAAUAAAAAAAGAGUUUCUAUGUUAUUAAUGAGAUCUCCUAAUGCAAUACUUGAGAACUGGGAUAAUAUAGAACAAAAACUAAAUUAUCUAUUAAAUGAAAUGAAAAUUGGCAUUUCUGAAAUAGUAAAAUCAUCAGCAUUACGUCGUACUUUGUUUGAAAUAAAAUGUCGUCAUUUAUUUCUGGAGCGAUUAGGAAUUUUUGAAGUUCGGAAAUUAAAAAAUAACAAGGCAGAAAUUUCCAGAAGCAAUCCACAUUUAAGUUUGAUUAGUGAUACAACAGAUCAUAUAUUUGCAAAAGAAAUUGCAAAAACUAGCUAUGAAGAAUUUAUAGUCUUCAAAAAUAUGUGCGACAAAGAAUUUGAAGAAUUUGAUAAAGAAGAAGAAGAGUUUAAUGUUGAUAGUAAUUAA